AUGGUCCGUGUGCUGUCUGCAUUGGCUCUGGCCCCGACCUUGGGAGUAGCAGAACUAGUCUGCGGUCCUUCUGGCCCAGUCCUCCCUCGGCCAGUCAUCUCCUCCCUUUCUUCGUCACCAAUCCUCCAGCAAGCUGCCACGAACCUCACGUCGUCGCUGAACGCGGCCAUUAACGGCACCAUUACUGCAGGCUGGGAGACCAAAAACGCGUCCUUCUCGAUUGGUCUCAUAUCUGCCAACCAGAGCGAUGCAAAGGUCCCCAUCUGGGAGUUCCAUCACCGUGCCGAAGCCAACACCCGCGGCACCCUCGAGGUGGGCAGAGACUCGCAGUAUCUUGUUGGAUCAAUCAGCAAGGCCAUCUCCGAUUAUAUCCUGCUACGAAGCGGCAUUGAUAUUGAUACCCCUGUCACUGAGUUCCUGCCCAAGUUGACAGAGACAGCAAGUAUCAUUCAAUGGAAUCAGAUCACACUGCGAAUGCUUGGGUCGCAUCUUGCAGGUGUUCCGGCCAACUACGGCUUCUCCGAGUACUACUAUUUGAAGAAACUGUUCAUUUCCUCGGGCCUGCCAGACAUCGAUGACUCUGAGUAUCCCCCUUGUAGUGUGGGUGGUUUGAAUGGGCCUUGCUCACAAGAUGAUUUCCUGAACGGGAUGCGAACUCAGUAUCCUGUAGCCGCCACCAACGAGCGCCCCUCCUACUCCAACAUUGCCUUUACUCUCAUGUUCAUGGCCGUCGAGGCACAAACAGGGAAGAACUACACUCAGCUCGUAGAUGAAUUCAUUGGCAAGGAGCUUGGUAUGACGAGCACGUUUCCUUCACCUGGCGAGGACGACAAGGCCGUCAUCCCUCCAGGAGAGAGCACAUGGGGAGGCAAUUAUGGCUUCGACGCACCCGCUGGCGGCCUGGUCUCUACCAUUUCCGACCUUGGCCAGUUCUGCCACCGUAUCCUCACCCGCACUCUGCCCAUCACCGGCACCCAGACUCGCGGCUGGCUCAAGCCCGCCUCUGUGGCCGGUAAUCCCAGCACACAGGUCGGCAUGCCCUGGGAGAUCUACCAAACCUCCGAUCUGACCCCUGACCACCCUCAUCCCGUCUCCGUCUAUGGAAAAGGCGGCGGCGCCAUGUCCUACCGCAGCCAGCUGUCCAUCAUAGACGAGUACGGCAUCGGCCUCGUCGUCUUGACUGCCGGCCCGAUGAACUCCAUCACCCUGAUCAACAACGCCGCCCUCUCCGUCCUCGUCCCCGCCAUCGACGAAGCCGCCAGAGCAUACGCGCAAGACAACUACGCAACCACCUUCAAGACCGCCGCCGGCCACGACGGCAACGAGUCGCUCUCCGUCUCCUUCUCGCUGGACCAGGACUCCCUCCUCGUCAGCAACAUCACGCGCGGCGAGACCGACGUCCUCGCCGGCCUCGUCAACCUCUGGUCCGUCACCGUCGGUGGGUACGUCGCCCCCGUGUCCUCGCCCUUCCGCCUGUUCCCCACGGAACUAAACACACACACCACGUUGGGGGACGGCACGCCCGUCACGGUCGAGACGUGGCGGCUUCAGCCGACCCUGAGCUUCCGGACGGACUCGCAGCUGCCCGGCGUGGGGCUGGAUGCCCGCACGUGCUUCCAGUGGACGGUCGGGGACUGGGUGCAUUACGGGGGGGAGCCUACCGACCGGGUGCUUUUCUACAGAGAUGGGGAGGAUAGGAUUGUUGGGUUUGAGGCGCCGUUUAUGAGGUCUGGGGUCUUACGGCCAAACUGA